UCUCUCUCUCUCUCUCUCUCACAAGUCUCCAUUUACUACAGACUCCUUCAAGACUCCCAAACUCUCUCUCUCCUUCACGCCGAUGGAGAAGUACUCCUAUAAUUCCUAUCCAGAGUCCGGCGACUCCUCUCCUCGCUCACGCGAAAUUGAAUUCGAAAACCCUACGCCAUGGGAAGAUCAACAUCAAGCUUCGAACUACAAGGUCAAGUUCAUGUGCAGCUAUGGCGGGAAAAUCCACCCCAGGCCUCACGACAAUCAGUUCUCAUACAUCGCCGGCGAAACCAAAAUCCUCGCCGUCGAUCGGAGCAUCAAAUUCAGUUCGCUGAUUUCUAAACUCUCCGUUAUCUGCGACUUCGACAAUGUAUCGUUCAAGUACCAACUCCCCGGCGAAGACCUCGACGCCUUGAUUUCGGUGACAAGUGACGAUGAUCUUGAGCACAUGAUGCUUGAGUAUGAUCGGCUGUAUCGAGCAUCGCCUAAGCCAGCUAGACUGAGAUUGUUCUUGUUUCCGGCGAAUCCACCGGCGGUGGUUCCGCAGCGGAAUCAGUCUUUCGAUUCUGAUGAGGCCAAGUCAGAGAAGGAAAGAUUUGUUGAGGCUUUGAAUUCUGGCCCGAUCCAGCCGACUCCACCACUGUCGGCGGUCGCGCCGCCAAACAAUGUGGAUUUUUUCUUUGGUUUGGAGAAAGGAAUGGCAGCACCGCCACCGCCGGCUGUGGCAGCGAAGGUUCGAGAUCCGAUUCCGGAGUUGGCAGUUCACGAACCAGAUCUUCCGGCUCCCUGUGUUGAUCCUCGGGUUAUCAGACAGGAUCCGAUCCAAAAACACAUUGAAGAUUUGCAGAGGUUGCGAGUAAGCACUGAAGAGCAAGGGAUGUAUCGUAGAAAAAGCGACGAUAAUUUAGCUGGAGGUUUUACCGGAGACUAUUAUGUACAGAAAGUGCCAGAAAAAGCAGCUCCGCCAAAUUUACCGGUGACCAUGCCUGGUUACUGGACGGAAAAGCAAGUUGCCGGUGGAGUACUUCCGUCGAACACCUGGGGAAUGGAACAACCAGUUUAUAUGAUUCCAGCUCCGGCAGCGGGUAUGUAUCAAGCUCCGCCGCCUCCGAUGGGGAGACCGAUGAUCGGGCCAACCGGUCAGGGGUACUAUGCUGUCCAGAGAAUGCAACCGGAUGUUUAUCGAGACCAGCAAGUCUACAAUGUUGUUCAAUCUGCACCACCACCGGUACAGUCAGCCGCAGCGCCAGUGCCAGCGACUCUGCCCGCACAAGCACCUCCUAAGGUGGCGGCGUACUCGGAAGGAAUAGGAAUGAUGAAACCGACAACCACCGUAGGAGUGGGGGUUUCGGACACAGGGUACGCACAGGUGGCGUAUGACAAUGGGUUUGGUAGGCAAGUUUUCUAUACGCAGGCGGCAGGAGGGGUUAUGCCACCGGCGCCACAGUAUCAGGCAAUGCCUGCGGCGGUUAGUGCAGAGAUGAGACCAGCUGGAGUGCUGAAUCAAGAGGGUGGUAAGGUGGUUGCUGCCAAGUUUUCGCAAACUACGGCGUGAUUAUGGUAUAUCUAAAUUACAAUUAGUAGAUAAUAAGUUCGUCCAUGUUACUUAUAUUAUAAAUCAUCUAUAGCUGUUGCUCUGUUUUAUAUAUGCAAGUGGAUCUUAAUUUAUGUUGUUAUAUAUCUAUGAGAGGCUCCAAUAUGGUUGGUUUUAUUCACUUGCCGAUUAUUAUUUUCAUUUA